CUGCUCAGACACAGGAAUGCAGAGAGGCGAGAGCGGUAGGAGGAAUAUUGUUGCAUCCCGGAAGUGGCUGUUUGGAACUAGCUAACAUGGAGCUCCCUCUCGCUGAUGUUGUGCAUGCGACUUUUGCUAGUCCGCCCUGGUGUUCGCCUCAGUCCUACCAAACACACCCUCCCUCUCUGCCUUUGUUGUCCGCUCAUGGUCUGGAUGGACGAUGCGGGGUGUUGGCUCGGCUGUCGUGGAUCUGCUGGCGAGCCAGCGCAGAGAUACAUACCACGUACAUACCAUCUUCGCACAUUCGCACGUCCGGAGAGAUAUGCCCACCGUGCCCACUGUCCGCCGCACGCCGCCCAGUAAACGAGGCGCGCGCUGACCUGGUUUCCUGCGAGGCAUGCAGGCUUGGGUCGAAACGUGGCCUUUGGGAGUCUGUGGCCCCAGGCUGUCGGCCGUCACCCCCAACGACGAAAGCAUUCAUUCACUGCUUCGAUUCAUCAAGGCCCGGUACGAAUGCUGAAGAGGAGGUGGCUGAUGGAGAGAGAGAGAGAGAGAGGCAUGCCGAGUACGAGAGGGCGACGAGGUGGAGCUUGUCAGCUACUACCACCUCGGCUUACCUUUCCCCAACCCAGAGUGCGGGCGCGGGACCGCGACUUGUUGGGGUUUGAUGUCUGGACACAGCGAUUCAUGGCAUGCUCGAGAUGGGUAGAGUAAAGGGAGGCGACAGUGGUGGCAUGGCCUGACAUGUGGGAGCUAGAACCGUCAUUGGAAAGCCCGUCAACCCGACCCCAAAGGGA